AUGACCGACCCCAUUCGGGGCAAUCAGCUUAGCGAGCAGAAUCUCAAGCAGCUCGAUAACGCUAUCAAUGCAGAAGCAGACGGCCCUAUUGCCGACAAAACCAACACAGAAUCAAGCACCGCCUCUUUCAUCAAGGAACACAGGAGACCUUUCGAAAGGAUUGAUGUAAUCCUCGAGGAGCCCAUUCCAAAGCGAAACCUCGAGAGGGAACGAGAAUUGCGCGUGCGCCACUCCUAUGCUGCAUUUUGCGAAGAUUUCAUAUUUUCGGGUCCAGUGAGCCCAAAGAGGGUAUUCGACAUGACCAUGGGUAUGGACGACUGCAAGGAAGAGAUAGAGCAGAUGGGAGACUUGAAAACGGAUCCUAUGCCAGAAUCACAGCCAAUGUCUGGCGAAGCAAUGCCCUUCGAACGAGAUGAACCGUCUACUCCAACAUUAUUCCCGUUGGCAGCAAGGAUGGCGGGGAAUGAGUCGACACGAACCACAUGUCACCCUCAAGAAACGAUACAACGCACCAAAGAUGCGACCAAGAGAGGUCUAGAUGAGGAUGAGGACUUCAAGCCCGAUUCACCUUUUACACCUUGUCUCCAACCACCGUCUUUAAUCUUGACCCCAUCCGUUCAUAAAGAUAUGCAACGCGAAACUCGAGAAAGGAAGAGGGCCAGACAACAAAAGCUUUUGGGACCUUUCCGGACAUUGUUUCUGAAGGUGCAGCCGUUGCGAGGACAGAGAUGUGACAUGGAGUGA